AUGCUAAAAAAAGCAUUAACUUAUUGUCUUUAAGAUGAUGACCCAGUUCAGGUUUCUGAAUUAAUCGGCGUUAAAGAAUAUUAGAAAUAACCAAAAAUAUGUCAAAGCAACUUUGUGACUUCUUCCGAUCUGAAAUAGAUGAUAAUAAACCAAAAGAGGGACAACAGUGUUUAAUCAUAUCGCAAAAUUUAGCAUUACGAUGCUGACUUAAAACCAAUCAAUCGAACAUUUGAUUGCAGAUUGCCUUUGAAUCAACAUACUUGCAAAAAAUACAUCAAUCUCAAAAUGAUCCAAGAACCUACUAAACCUAAAUUGUACUUUGGAAUCAAGCAUUAAUAAUUUAAAAUAAAAAUCAAGAUGCAAGGCAGACGAUUGGAAGACAUGUUCUGA